AUGAAAUCUAGCAAUUAUUCCUCGCCGGCCCCCGAUCUAGGUCCUGUCCACUUAAACUUUUUUUCUUAUUACGGCCGGAUGCUCUUCGCAAUGGAGUUUUUGACACUGCUUAUUGGUUACUUGCUUGUAUUUUCUUUUUUUACCGUUGUGUGUAUAUGUGGUGACCAUCCAUCUUGCAUUAAUGGACCAAUUGGCUGGGUCAAACGCUCAUUAACAAAGGCAUUUUUUUGUUUGAUUCCUAAGCAAAUUGUUGACCUUGGCACAAGAUUUGUUUAUUAUGUUUACCAACAAAGGAAUCCUACAAUGCAGAUCGUGUUUGGCAUCUUGGUACUCUCUGGUCAUGCAAUUGUCGUGAUUGACAUCUUCCCGAUUCUCUACGGUAUUUUCCAUGAUGACAACCACGUUCUCGUGCCUAUGCUGCUGCUGUUUCUCAAUCUUUUUGUCUUUUACAAAUUAUGCGGAGCUGAUCCAGGGGAGAUAACUAAGGAUAACCACGGAGUCUACUCUUUCAUCUACCCUUACGAUGGCGCAAUCUAUCAAAAGAAAACAAUUUGUAAAACAUGCAAUUUCUCCAAGCCAGCCAGGUCGAAGCAUUGUAGUGUUUGCAAUAGAUGUGUUCAUCGGUUUGACCACCAUUGCGUCUGGACAAACAACUGCAUUGGUGCCCUGAACAACCAUUAUUUCCUUGCAUUUCUCAUCACCCUCAUCAUGAUGUGUGUGAAUGGCUUUUAUAUGGCCCUUCGUUCAAUUGUCAGUAUUGCUCAAUAUUCAGGAAUGGUAGAUGCCUUGAUUAUGCAAGCCAAUGGCAAAAUGACUCCUGUUACAUUGUCUGCUUUGGUCCAGCAUCUUUUCAUGCAGUUCCCUCGCAUUAUAUUCCUCAUGGCUUCUCUCUCAGUACUCUCUCUUUUAAUGGCCGGUUUCACAGUUUACCAUCUCUACCUUAUGUUUACAAACCAGACAAGCAAUGAACGCUACAAAAUAGGAUCAAUAAAGAAUAGCGAAAGAUGCUGCAGGAAAGAGAACACAGAAGCGACACAAUCCAAGAAGCCGAAUAAGAGAAAGACUUUAAACACCAGACCUUACAACCAGGGCUUCCUGAAAAAUAUAGCCCAGGUGUUGUUUCCAAAGAAUUACAUUGAGAAACACAAGAAAGUUUCUCAUAGAUGA